GUAACCUGUGCCAGGCAUGAAGCAGGGUGCACUGACUAACCAUCUAGUGCAUGGAAUGGGUUAACUGAGCCUGUGGGAUUGUGCUUACCUAAACAAAAUCACUGCAACGAGGGGAAAAACAAUGAAUGGGUGGAGAUGUUCAAGCCGAGGCAUUCCAGCUAGUGCAGUCGGGCUGCAAUGACAGGCUGAACGUUGCAGCAGCAUCGGGAUCUGCAUUCAAAGUGAGCAAAUCUUACAUAGUGGAGCAAGCUUGCGUGCAGGUCUUGUUUAUUUGCUGAGACAUGGCCAGUAACCAGGCCAGUCUGCAGGAUGAGCAGAGCAGGCAUUGUAAGUUCUUAUCCUAUAUGUUCUACCAGGCUGUAAGAGACCACAAACCAGUAUGGAUGCUGGAAGAUAUGAGAACUAUGGAAUAUUUUUACUGGGAGGAAAAUGCCAGCCUGAGAACAUAUUCACCUUCGGAAGCCCUUCUCUAUGCAGUGGUGCAUAAUCACCUGCCUUAUGCCCAGUAUCUGCUGUCUCAUUUUCCAGAGGAGGCUCUCAAGGUGCCUGGAGAGCAUUUCUGCUAUUGCCCAUCCUCUGCCCCUCAUUUGGCCAUGGCAGUCACAUAUGACAGGAGGGACAUUUUGGGGCUGAUCAUCAAGAUUGCACACAAGCUACCCAGCCUAAACUCCUACAUCAACAGGACCGGCUGCUUUCAUCUGGAAGAUGGCAAGACCCCACUGCACCUUGCCUGCGAACUGCUGAGGUCAGAGACCGUCCUCAUCCUCCUAGGGAACGGGGCUUCUCCUAGGAUCAAGGACAGCAAGGGGCUCACCCCGUUGGAUGUCAUCCUGGAGCAGAUGUGGGACUCCAAAGUCAACGUGGCAUCGAAAAAGCUCUGCCUCGAUUACCUCUUGCUCUUCAUGCCUAGCCCACAGUUUAAGAUGCGGAAAGUUCUGCAGGAUCAUCCAGACCACUGGACAGCUUUGCUAGGGGAAGACAAAUUCAACACCCUGGUGGGGAACACACCUACUUCUUUAUACCUGCAAGCUAUGCAAACUAUUCUCCAGUCUCUCCCACCUUCCCACUUUCCUAAAAGCAUCCAGGAACUACCUAUACCUCAGGCACUAAAGCCCCUACCUUCCUACAGCAAAAAGCUACAGACAAAAAAUGUGGUAAAUGUUUUUCCUUGACUAUUUUGGGGGGUUGGAUUUUCAAAGGCACCUAAGGGAGUUAGGCACCUAACUCCCCUAGAAUUUCAAUAAGAUUUUGGUAUCUACCUCCCAUAGGCCCCAUUUGAAAAUCCAAUAUUUUAUGAGAAGAUUUUCAGUGUUUUUCUAAUCGAUUGCAGGCACGGCACUUUUAAAAACAAAGUCCUUCUUUUUUAUUGUGCAUGUGAAGGGUUAAGUUUAACUGAAGUAAUUUUUUUAACUGCCAGCUGAAAUCAGUGUAUCUGAAUUCCCAAUAUAUUAACAUUAUCCUGUGUAAAUUAUGCCGGUGAAAAAGAAUGACCUGUCCAUUGG